AUGUCCCCCCCUCUUUUUCCAGUCGCCCUUCCUUUAUCUUUCUUUCAUUUCUUUCUUUCUUUUUUUUUUUUUAACCUAGUUUUUCUUUCUUUCUGUUUUCUUUCUAUCUAUUUCUUUAUUUUUUAUUUCUUUAUUAUUUCAUUCCAUUCAUCUAUCUAUUCUUCAUUCUAUCUAUUUUUCUUUCCAUAUUUCUUUAUAAUUUUUCUUUCAUUGUUUCUUUUCUUUUUUACACUUAUUCCUGUUCUUUUCUUUCUUUUCUUUACAGUUUUCUUUCUUUUCAUUUUCUUUUCUUUCUCUUUUUGCAGUUUCAACUGCUUCAAUCAAAACAUGCGUUUUUUUCUUAGUCAUUUUCUUUCUUUAUUUCUUUCUUUCUUUUUUUUUUCUUUCUUUCUUUCUUUCUUUCUUUCUUUCUUUAUUUCUUUAUUUAUUUAUUAUUUCAUUCCACGCUACUCUUCUUUCUUUCUUUCUUUCUUUCUUUCUUUCUUUUUUUUUCUUUCUUUUUCUUUUCUUUAUUUCUUAUUUCAUUCUUUUCUUUCAGCAUUUUUCUGCAUAUUUCUUUUAGUUUUUCUUUCUUUCUUUCUUUCUUUUUAUUUUUAUUUUCUUUUCUUUUUUUUUUUUCUUUCUUUCUUUUUUCUUUUUAUUUCAUUACACUACUGUUCUUUCUUUCUUUUCUUUCUUUUUAUUUAUUUAUUAUUUCAUUCCACGCUACUGUUCUUUUUCUUUCUUUCUUUAUUUAUUUAUUUCUUUCUUCCACGCUCUUUCUUUCUUUCUUUCUUUCUUUCUUUCUUUCUUUCUUUCUUUCUUUCUUUCUUUCCUCCUGCAGUUGUCUUUCUUCUCAGCAUUUUUCUGCAUAUUUCUGCCAUAGUUGAUACUUUUCUUUCUUUCUUUCUGUCUUUAUUUAUUUAUUUAUUUAUUUAUUUAUUAUUUCAUUCCACGCUACUCUUCUUUCUUUUUUUAUUUCCUUCUGCAGUUUUGAUACUUUUCUUUCUUUCUUUCUUUCUUUCUUUCUUUCUUUCUUUCUUUCUUUCUUUCUUACUUCCAGUCUCUCUUUAUUUUUCACCCCCACAGCUUUUUCUCUACGUUUUCUUUAAUCAUUUUGCUAUAAUUAAUAAUUUUGUUUGUUUGUUUCUUUCUUUUUUCUUUUUUCUUUCUUUCUUCUUUAGUUGCUUUUGUUUUUCGUUUUCUCUUUUUUUGAUUAUUUUCAUUGAUUUUACUUCCUCGUUAUUUACGGCCUUUCGACCUUCUAAUAUAUUUACUCUCUCUCUCUCUCUCUCUCUCUCUCUCUCUCUGAAUACAGAUUUAUCAUAUGCCACCAUUUUUCUUCACCUACACCUAAGUCUGACCAUUUUUCAAGUCGCCCUUCCGAUAGUUUUUCACCUUGACGAUAGCAAUUCACCCGUAGCUUUUAUUUCAUUUGCCUAUCAGAAACUUUUCUCUCUCAAAUCUGUCACCAACAUUUUAAGGGGCCCAAGUAUUUCAUUUAUUCCUUCUUUCUUUUUUUCUUUAUCUUCGCUUUGCAUUUUUUUUUUUUUUUUUUUUUUUCGUUCUUUCUUUAAUUUUUUCUUACCUUCUUUCUUUAUUUAUUUUUUCUUUGCAUUUUUCUUUCUUUAUAUAUUUAUUACCGUCUCUCUUUAUUUCUUUCAUUUUUCUUUCUAUUUUCUUUAUUUAUUUUUUCAUUGUAUUUUUCAUUCUUUCUUUCUUCCUCUCUUUCUUUCGUACCUUCUUUCUUUAUUUCUUUCUUUUUAUUUUUCUUUCUUUCUUUCUUUCUUUUUUACAAUGUGUUUCCUUCUUUUUGCCACAAUUGAUAUUUUCAUCCUUUCUUGUUUCUUUCCUUCAUUUCUUUCUUUCUUUAUCUUCGUUUUGAAAUUUCUUCUUUUCUUUCUUUCUUUCUUUCUUUCUUUCUUUCUUUCUUUCUUUCUUUCUAUCAAAGCCAUUUUUAUUCGUCUGUUUUUUUGUAAUUUGUAUUUUCUUUUUUUAUUCUUUUUCUCUUUCUUUCUUUCUUUCUUUCUAACUUUCUUUCAUUCAUUCUUUCUUUCUUUCUUUCUAUCACUAAGCCAUUUUUAUUUCUCUUUUCCGUUUUCUUUUUCAUUUCAAGAUUUUAUUAUUUUUCUUCAUUUAACUUGUUAUUUGUGUCUUCUUUUCGUUUCCUUUUCUCUGUUUCCUUCUUUCUUUUUUCUAACACUUUUUUUCAACACUUUUUUUCUCUGUUCUGUUUAUAAUUUUCCAAUAAUUUCAUUCUUGAAUUUCUUUUUCUUUUUUCUUUCUGUCGAUCUUUCUUUUUCCUUUUCUUUUAUGUCUAUCUUACUUUUGUUUUUUCUUUCUAUCUUUCAUUUGUCCUUACUUUCUUUUUCUUUUUUCGUUCUGUCUAUCUCUCUUUCUUUCUGUCUUUCUUUCAUUCUUUCUUUCUUUUUCUUUUUUCGUUCUGUCUAUCUCUCUUUCGUUCUUUCUUUUUUAUGUUUUUCUUUUUGUCUUUCUUUCUUUCAUUCUUUCUUUCUUUUUCUUUUUUCGUUCUCUUUAUCUCUCUUUCGUUCUUUCUUUUUUUAUGUUUUUCUUUCUGUCUUUCUUUCAUUCUUUCUUUCUUUUACUUUUUCCGUUCUGUCUAUCUUUAUUUCAUUCUCUCUUUUUCUUUCGUUCUUUCUCUAUGUUUCUUACCUUUCUUUCGAUCACUAUUCUUUCUUAUUUCUAUAUUAUCUUCAUUAUUUUCUACUAAUUUCGUUCUUUUUUUUCUUUUGCUUUCUAUUUUCUUUUUUUUUCUACUUAGAAUUUCUUUCUAUCUUAUUUCUCCCUUGCAUUUAUACUUUCUUUCUUUCUUUCUUUCUCUAUUUCUUUCUUUCUCACCUGUAUUAUUUUCGAAUUAAUUUCCUUUCUUUCUGUCCGUUCUCUUUUCAAUCAUUCAUAAUAGACAAUGACUACGUCAGCCAUGAUGGAAAAUGCCUGGUAACGGUAGACACUAAUUAUCUCCUCGGAUUAAAGAGCAACUCGCAUUACCAGAAACAGAAUCCGCUUGCUCGUAGCGCCUUUUCUUCGUUCCCACCAUGCCUCAUUCGUUGCGGCUGUCUUGACAGUCCUCACGCAACAAAUACUAACCAAAGAACAAGCCAACAGAUCACCUCAACCAAAACGUACAUUUUAACCUCUUUCUUUCUGUCUGUCUUUCUUUCUUUCUUUCCCUCUUUCUUUCCCUCUUUCUUUCUUUCUUCUUGUUGUUUCCGCUUUUCUUUUCCCCCUAACCCCUUUAGCCAACUUGAUAUUUAUUCUUUCUUUCUUUCUUUCUUUCUUUCUUUCUUUCUUUCUUUCUUUCUUUCUACUCCCUGUUAUUUCGUCCUUUCUUUCUAUAUCUCUCCCUGUCUUCGUUUCAGAUAUAUAUAUCUUCCCGUAUUCUUAAGUUUACCGCCUAAUCUCUCAUUAUCUAUCUAUCUAUCUAUCUAUCUAUCUAUCUAUCUAUCUAUCUAUCUAUCUAUUUAUCUCUUACUUUCUUUCUUCUGCAUUUUAACUUUUCUCAGUGUGCUUCUCAUUCUCUUCGCAAUAAUUGUCAAGUAUUCAUUCUUAUUUCUUUCUUUCUUUCUUUUCAGAGUUUCUCUUCUUUUCUCAACAUUUUGCUUCUCUUUCGUUUAUAUUUCUCUCUCUUUUAGGCAUUAUUUCUCUUCUUUCCUCGGCAUUUCCCAUCUCUUUCAUUUGCCCAUAAUUUAUGUUCAUUUUUAUUUUCUUUCUUUCUCCUCCAUUUUUUUUCUUUUCACAGUUUUUUUUCUCUCUUUUUUUUUAGGCAUUAGUUCUUUUCUUCUUUCUUUUCCCAAUUUCUCUUCUUUCCUCAGCAUUUUCCAUCUCGUUCAUUUUUGUCAUAAUCUUAAACAUGUUCUUUCUUUUUUUUUCUUCCCUCUGUUCUCCUAUACCGUCUUGCUUUCUUUUUUCUUUUUGAAGAUUCUUGUUUUUCAUUCGUGUAUAUUAUUUCUUUCUUUCUUUUUUCUUUCUUUUUUUCUCUUUUUUUCUUUCUUUUUUCUUUCUUUUUUCUUUCUUUUCUUUCUUUUUUUCCUUUUUUCUUUCUUUUUUCUUUCUUUUUUCUUUCUUUUUGCCCCUUUACCUUCCUUCUUACCCUGUUGCCUUUUUCUUUUUUUUUCAUGUCCUUUCUAUAAUUCCCAAUUAUUUUUCUUUUUUUACUUUUUCUUUUUUGAUAUAAUUUUUUCUCUCGUUUUUCUCCCUUUAUUUUUCAAUCUUUUUUCUAUUCAUAAUGUUUUUUUUUCUUUUUUUACGUUUUCUUUUUUGCUUUCUUUUUCCAAAUUGUCUAUUUUUUUCUUACUUUUUCUUUUUACCUAUAAUUUUCUUUCCUUCCCUACUUACUUUUCUUUCUUUCCUUUUUUUCUUCCCACUUUUUUUUUCUUUCCGAUACAUUUCCUUCUUCUUCCUUUCAAAUGCCUUUGUUUUUUACACUUUAUUUUUACAUCUUAUUUUAUCUGGUGGUUUCCAUUAUCUCUUUCCUACUUCAAUUGUUUCAUUCGUCCUUUAUUAAUGUUCUAUCUUUCCUUCAUAUCUCAUUCUAUCUUCUGCCUCACCCAAGCAAUGCAUAGUACCCAUAAAGAAAUAACGUAUUUAUUUCUUCUUCUUCUUCAUUUGUUUUCUCCCUCUAUUCUUGAUCUUUCUUCUUCUUCUUCUUCUUCUUCUUCUUCUUCUUCUUCUUCUUCUUCUUCUUCUUCUUCUAUGUUCACGCUUCAUACUUGA